AUGAAAUCUUAUAAACUCCUCUCUCUGGGAUUUAUCUUCUUCCCCUUGCUGCUUUUUCAGCAGGCCUGGGCUCAAUUCCCACGAGAAUGUGCUACUGUUGAGGCUUUGAGAAGUGGUGUGUGUUGCCCAGACCUGUCCCCUUUGUCUGGGCCUGGGUCUGACCCCUGUGGCUCCUCAUCAGGGAGGGGCAGGUGCGAGGCAGUGACUGCAGACUCCCGACCCCACAGCCCCCAGUACCCCCACGAUGGUAGAGAUGAUCGGGAAGCCUGGCCCCUGAGGUUCUUCAAUAGGACAUGCCACUGCAAUGGCAAUUUCUCAGGACAUAACUGUGGGACAUGCCGUCCUGGGUGGAGAGGAGUGGCCUGCAACCAGAAGACUCUCAUAGUCAGGAGAAAUCUUCUGGAGUUAAGUUCAGAAGAAAAGAACCGCUUUGUACAGGCCCUGGAUAUGGCAAAGCGCACAACUCACCCUCAGUUCGUCAUCGCUACCAGGAGAUCAGAAGAAAUACUGGGACCAGAUGGCAAUACACCACAAUUUGAGAACAUUUCCAUUUAUAACUACUUUGUUUGGACGCACUAUUAUUCAGUCAAAAAGACUUUCCUGGGGGCAGGGCAGGAGAGCUUUGGUGAGGUGGAUUUCUCUCAUGAAGGGCCAGCUUUUCUCACCUGGCACAGGUACCACCUUUUGCAGCUGGAGAGAGACAUGCAGGAAAUGUUGCAGGAGCCUUCUUUCUCCCUUCCUUACUGGAAUUUUGCAACUGGGAAGAACAUUUGUGAUAUCUGCACCGAUGACUUGAUGGGAUCAAGAAGCAACUUUGAUUCCACUCUUGUAAGCCCCAACUCUGUCUUUUCUCAAUGGCGAGUGGUCUGUGAAUCCUUGGAAGAUUAUGACACCCUGGGGACACUCUGUAACAGCACCGAAGGUGGACCAAUCAGGAGAAACCCAGCUGGAAAUGUGGGCAGACCCAUGGUGCAGCGUCUUCCUGCACCACAGGAUGUCGCUCAGUGCUUGGAAGUUGGUGUGUUUGACACACCUCCUUUUUAUUCCAAUUCUACAAACAGUUUCCGGAACACAGUGGAAGGUUACAGUGAUCCAACAGGGAAGUAUGACCCUGCUGUUCGAAGUCUUCACAAUCUGGCCCAUCUAUUCCUGAAUGGGACAGGAGGACAGACCCAUUUGUCUCCCAAUGACCCCAUUUUUGUCCUUCUGCAUACUUUCACUGAUGCUGUCUUUGAUGAAUGGCUGAGGAGAUAUAAUGCUGAUAUAUCCACAUUCCCAUUGGAAAAUGCUCCUAUUGGACAUAACAGACAGUAUAAUAUGGUGCCAUUCUGGCCUCCAGUUACCAACACAGAGAUGUUUGUUACUGCUCCAGACAACCUGGGAUAUGCUUAUGAAGUUCAGUGGCCAAGUCGGGAUUUCAGUAUAUCUGAGAUUGUUACCAUAGCAGUAGUUGCUGCUUUAUUACUGGUUGCAGUCCUAUUUAUGGGUGUUUCUUGCCUGAUUCGUGCCAGAAACAACAUGGAUGAAGCUAAUCAGCCUCUCCUCACUGAUCAGUAUCAACACUAUGCUGAAGAAUAUGAAAAAAUACAGAAUCCCAAUCAGUCCAGGGUCUGA